ACGGAACACAAAUCAAGAUUCUUAUGCCAGUUGUCCUCCAGCAGGGCUCACCGCCCCUUGUGCUUCGAGAUCCGCUUAACUGCUGGCCGCCUCCUAAGAAUAUACCCCGGGAGAGGAGAGUCGAUAGAUAUUCAAAACCACCGGACGAUGAUUCUGUCUACCAUAAUAACCCCGCUCCUACUCCACAAAACCCCCACCACGAACGUCGUCUACCAUCAGAUAACGAGUUACUGUACCGGCCCGUUCCCCAUCCGCUAACAGCGCGCUAGACAGAAUAUAUCCUAGUGGGACAUCGGCCCAUCCAUGAUCAUCCCUCGCAACAUCCCUCCCACAGCACAAAUGUCACAAAAUUCCUCCUCCGACAAAUCUCCGGGUGACUACCCGCUAGAAGCCUUCCGAUCCCAAUGGACCCAACCGAACGACAUAAUGUCGCUGCUUCUCAUUCUAGGUGGGGACGUGAUUCAACGAGCUCUAGCCCAACUCGCGGGCGGCGGUCUUAUAACGCCCGUGGCUUUCUCCUUCGGAUGGGUGACAUACAGCAUAAGCGCGCUCCUAGCGGUCGUUGGCGAGAAUAAGCUCCUGCCGGCCUCCGACUGCGCUGGCCAAGUCAUAAACGUUCGCUCACGAUAUACGCGGCAGAACAACUCGUGGAUACUCGGACGGUUGAUGAGGGAUUUUUCCUUCUGGCGGGGAAAGGAGGUGAAGGAUGCUGAGAGGGGAAUGGUAGCGAGGAAUCAGAGGGUUGCUCUUUGCAUCGCUGUGUACGAGGCGGAUCCUAAGAAGGCUGCUGGGGUGCCCGAUAGAGAUUGGGUGUGGUAUAGUGGCCUUAUAUGCGCGAUUCUACAGCUAGCGAUUUCGACGAUUCCGUGGAUUUUACGGGGAGAUUGGUCUAUCUUUUUCACGACGGGUUGCGGAAUAUGUUUGGCGUUGGGGAGCGGUGCUCUCCCACAGUGGAGGGAGGAGAAGUGGGCUUGUCGGAGGAAUACAAAAAAGACGGCUGUGCUGACGAAGGGGAAUGGGCAGAAAGAUUGUAUUGUGAUUAUUGGCGGCGAGGUCGGGUUGGAUUUGGAGGAUUUAGCUGGUGGACGGGGAGUUGAUUUGCCUUCUACUCGAUAUUGGGCGAGUUUUAUGGCAGCGCUUUGGAUUGCACUAUUGAUCGCGGUUUCUGGACUGAAGCAUAAUUCCUGGUUCUUAUUAGUGGUGGGUGUUCUUGGGAUGAUGCAGAACAUCAUUGUCUGUGGCGCCCCGCGGAAUCCUAGCGCUUUUGGAAUUCACCUCCGGUUCAAGGAGGUGAUUGUCGAGAGGAAGGUGAUGGAGACAUUGAAGAUAACGGAGACGAAGUAUCCUUAUGUUGGCAGGUCACUCGUUGAUGUCUACUUUCCUGGAGGUCUGCGGCCUGACGAGGAGGAAUAUUGGAAGGAAGCUGAUGACAUUGCGAGGGCGAAGGAUCCUAAAGCAAAAUGAUUGUUUGAUUGCAGUUGAUUUCGUGAUCUUGAUUAACUCUAUAUAUACUGAAUCUGCACCUCAAUGCGGUGGUCCACAGUAAGAUUUAAAAUAGCCAAUCAAUUUUCAACAGCAAUUUAUUCAUGAAA